CGAAAAACAAAAAUGAGCUCGUGGAUGUCAUGGAUAGUUGGCAAGAAGGAUAAUAGGGGGAGUGCUAGAGAUGCGAUAGUCGGGCUCAGAUCACAGCUUUUGAUGCUCGAUAAGAAGGAGGAGCAUCUGAAUAAAAAGAUAGAAGAGGAGCUCAAGAAGGCGAAAGCUAACGCUACAUCGAACAAGCGACUGGCCACAGCUGCUCUCCGUCAGAAGAAGGCCUUCGAGGGUGAACUCGAUAGAAUAGCGGGUACGAGGCUGACAUUAGAGUCGCAAGUGAAUGCAUUGGAAUCGGCGAAUAUGAACCUUGAGACGAUAACCGCAAUGAAGAAGGGCUCAGACGCAUUGAAAUCUAUACACGGGAAUCUUAAUAUCGACAAAGUCGACUCCACGAUGGACAGCAUCCGUGAGCAGAUGGAUCUCACGAAUGAAAUCUCAGACGCGAUUUCGAAUCCUGUACAUCACGAUCCUGUCGACGAGGAUGAGUUGAAUGACGAGCUUGAGCAACUUGAGCAGGAUGAGCUCAAUAAUAGGCUCUUGGGCGCAGAGAGAGCUCCUGUGCAUGCCCCAGUGGCUGCAGGACCUCAAGCAACAGCUUCUAUACCAGCUACAGCUAGCCAGUCCACUCCAGCAGCACAGAGCCAGGAAGAUGACGAGGAUGAGGAACUCAGACAGUUACAGGCUCAGUUGGCUAUGUAAACCCUUCAGCUUAUCUUUACGGUAUUUCUCUUUACUUUUUAUUAAUGCAUUAUCACUUUAAGUUCACAUACCAAA